GUGUUUUCCAAAAGCUGCGAGCGCUGCAGAAGGCGAAAGAUCAAAUGCGACCGACUUCAGCCAUGCUCCAAGUGCGAGAAGGCCAAGUCCGAAUGUACCUUUAUCGGCUCGGGCGAGAAGCAAAGACCUUCUCCCCGAGGAUAUGUACAAGCUCUGAAAGGUCGCAUCACAUCACUCGAGCAAUUCAUCACUAAGCUCGCCUCGGUGGACAGCGCCCAGAGAGAUGAGAUGCUAGCAAACUUCAGCAAGACAUCAACGCAUGUCCAUCAACCUGACACAGCUGCUCCCGCCGAGGAAAAUGGCAACAAGGCCGCUUCGGUUCCGAUCCGAUCCCGAACAGGCCACCUGAGGAGACUCAAAGAUGGCAAAGCCGCAGAGUUUUAUGGUGCAACGAGUUUCUUUCAGAUCAAUCCUUCUGAUGAGCAAGGACCACCUCUUGCUUCGGAGAUCUCCAACGGCGAUGGUUAUGAGGAGGUUGAGAACCAUGUUUCCGAGGAAGUCAUCGCUAGCUCUCACUCUCACUCUCACUCGGCAUUUGCCCCCUCGAGCUUGCUCUGUAGGAACUUGAUGGCGGCAUUUUUCAAUGGCCAAUAUCAGUAUCACAUGUGUCUCUAUCGUGAGUAUUUCUUGAGGGAUUUCGACGCUGGCGCGGGACCGUAUUACUCUGAUUUACUGCUCUAUGCGAUCUGUGCUCUUGGCGCUCUAGCUAGCGAGGAGCUUGCUCCACGAGAAAUAUCAGACAUCUUCUUCAAUCGAGCACAACAAUUGCUCUAUGGUUCGGCACUCGAGUCACCGAAUCUGACCACCUUACAAGCGUUGAUCUUAUUAGGUCAUCGCGAGAUUGGUCAUGGAAAGACUUCCAAAGGAUGGCUGUUUUCGGGCAUGGCCUUCCGUCUUGCUCAUGAGAUGGGACUGCACCUUGACCCGAACAAUUGGAAUGGCUCUGAUGAUUCGCGAGUAGAAAGAGAGAUUCUUCGACGUACCUAUUGGGCCGCAUUUGUUGCCGAUAAGCAGCUUAGUCUCUAUUUUGGACGACCGCCAGCUCUUUACCCUGGUCACUCAGAUGUCCAUGCUACCCUUCGCAUCCCGUAUCCUCCUGAGUGGGAAGCUCUUCUCAAUACAUACAUCCAGAAAGGCACGUCGGAGACAGCUUAUGAGGAUGGAAUGGCUCUUGUUGCUGCUUUCAUUCAACAGGCAGAGCUGUCGAAAAUACUCCACCGUAUGAUUACUGAAGUGUUUGAGAAUCGCAAUUCUGAUGCCGAGGAAACUGUCUUGGCUACUUCGAUUAUGGAUAUCCAUGUUGCACUCACAAAAUGGUCUGCUGAUCUACCGGCCAAAUUGCAUUGGAACCAGUGGUCUGUCGGACCAAUUCCGUCUCUUGUCCUUCACUUGCAUAUGUUGUACCACGCCGCAAUGAUAAUUCUCCACCGUCCUCCCCGGAACAUGUUCCGAGAUCCGAAAAUCUCCACGAGUCAAGACGUCACGACCUGCUACGAAUCUCUAGAAGCCAUUAUCAAAUUACUCCGCAUCUACUCCAAACAUUAUCAAUUCAGCCACCUCCCUUUCACAUUUGUCCAUAUUCUCGCAUCUGCAGCAAGCGUUGUUUUGAUGAAGCGCUACAUCGAAAAUUCCUCCUGGACCGAAGUCUCCAUCGCCAAACCAUUGGCACUGAUUCAAGACUCUCUCAGUGCCGUCGCACAAACAUGGCCAUGUGCCAAACAAGUCCAAGGAGUGAUCAACAGUGCAAUGAAGCACUCACCACAAGACAAUCCGCGGAACGAAUCACCGCAAAGCUUUGAUCUCAUGACGAGCUUUGUGAGCACCGGCAGCAAUGACGGGACUCAGAAUGAAUUCGGAGAAUUCGAGAUGGGCGAGGUGGAUAUGGAUCUGUACGACUUUACGGACGUUCCAUUCCAGUGGAGCGAUGGAUCUUUCUGACAGCGAAGUCCGCCAUGAAGGCGGCGAUGAGAAGCUCAUGGGGCUCAGCGGUAUGGAUAUUGAAACAUCUCAAGAUGUUAAUCUUAACGGCAUCGGUCGUUCCACUGAUCGGCACCGAGGAGGGAUUACGAUCAUACGUAGGCUUCGUUGGAAGCGAUAGUUGGAGUUUGUACAAGCAAGGAUAUUCCCGGCUACAAUCAAGUGACUGUAAGCCUGACCGGCAUAAUUCCUCAAACCGCAUCAAAAUCCAGCAUACACUGGACCAUCCACGCGCCGCCAUCUCAGGUGGCUCAUACGUUUCAUUCUACUUUGUACAGCAUUAUUUUUCUUCUGUGGUCACGACGGAAGGAACAGGGCGGGCGGAUAUAGACACUUUGGGCAUGGGACAUGGAAGGGCUCCUCGGUCUCUCACUUUU